CGAUAAGAAUCUCAUCACGAAAAUAAACGAACCCACACUCAAUAGCAACCAACAUCGAGACUCUGUCUGUCUGUCUACUUCUUGACACUUGAAUCCCACGGAGAAGCGUCUCACCCAGCCGACGCCCACCCCAAAAGACAAAAACAAAAUGACCACCCCACAACCCCCGACUACCCCAGAUCAGCAACAACAGCAGCAGCAGCAGCAACAACAAGCCACGCUCCAAAGCCAGCGGGAAGCCGACUACCAACGCUUCAAGACCUACGCCGCCUGGACCUUCCUGGUUGCCUCCCCGAUCCUCAUCGCCCUCCCGCCGCGCAAGCUCGACAACCUGACCGUCCUCCAGCUCAGCGCCUUCUCGAUCUCGGCCAACCACCUGACGCGCGAGCGCACCGGCCGCAGCAUCGUCGACCGCCUCGAGGACAAGAUCUCCGCCGGCCGCAGCCACCCCCUGGCCUCGCUGGGGAACGGGCUCCCCAGCGAGCGGGCGCUGGAGAUCCAGGCCCGGCUGAAGGCGGACCGCGAGCGGCAGAUCGAGGAGGCCAAGGGGGAGGAGCUGGCCAAGCUGAAGGCCCGCGAGGAGUUCGACAAGCCCGUCCUGCAGCGCGUGUGGAUGGGUGGCGAGACCGAGGGGUGGAAGGAGCGGCGCCUGCGCGAGGAGCAGAAGGCCCUCGAUGAGGGAAAGGGGUAUGGGGAUUUGAUCCGCGAGCAUAUUUGGGAUGUCUGGACUUGGGGGAAGGGGGAUGGUGAGGGGGAGGGG